AUGUUAGAAGAAAAUGAAAAAUUCAAAUUUAAUUAUGAUUGGUUUAGUUAUAACAUUCAUAAUUGGGAAAACCAUUUACACCAUCUUAAAAACGAAAAAAUUAAUGUUCUUGAAAUUGGAUCUUUCGAAGGAAGAUCAACA